CUCCACGACGUGACCAUGGCCGGCCUUCAGGAGCUGCGAUUCCCCGAGGAGAAGCCACUGCUCCGGGGCCAGGACGCCACGGAGCUGGAGAACUCUGACUCCUUCCUCUUGGCUGUGGACACAGACUGGAAGGAACAUGACAUUGAGACGCCUUACGGCCUUCUGCAUGUGGUGAUCCGGGGCUCCCCCAAGGGGAACCGCCCAGCUAUCCUUACCUACCAUGACGUGGGGCUCAACCACAAGCUGUGCUUCAAUACCUUCUUCAAUUUUGAGGACAUGCAGGAGAUCACCAAGCACUUCGUGGUGUGCCACGUGGAUGCCCCCGGUCAGCAGGUGGGGGCGUCACAGUUUCCUCAGGGGUACCAGUUCCCCUCCAUGGAGCAGCUGGCCGCCAUGCUCCCCAGUGUGGUACAGCACUUUGGGUUCAAGUACGUGAUUGGCAUUGGAGUGGGAGCUGGAGCAUAUGUGCUGGCCAAGUUUGCACUCAUCUUCCCCGACCUGGUGGAGGGGCUGGUGCUGAUGAACAUCGACCCCAACGGCAAAGGCUGGAUUGACUGGGCGGCCACCAAGCUCUCCGGCCUGACCAGCACUUUACCCGACACGGUGCUAUCCCACCUCUUCAGCCAGGAGGAGCUGGUGAGCAACACAGAGUUGGUGCAGAGCUACCGGCAGCAGAUCUCGAAUGUGGUGAACCAGGCCAACCUGCAGCUCUUCUGGAACAUGUACAACAGCCGCAGAGACCUAGAUAUUAACCGGCCUGGGACAGUGCCCAAUGCCAAGACUCUCCGCUGCCCCGUGAUGCUGGUGGUCGGGGAUAACGCACCUGCCGAGGAUGGCGUGGUCGAGUGCAACUCCAAACUGGAUCCAACCACCACGACCUUCCUGAAGAUGGCAGAUUCCGGGGGUCUCCCCCAGGUCACACAGCCUGGGAAGCUGACUGAAGCCUUCAAAUACUUCCUGCAAGGCAUGGGCUACAUUGCAUACUUGAAGGACCGAAGGCUGAGUGGAGGAGCAGUGCCCUCGGCCAGCAUGACUCGUCUUGCCCGCUCUCGCACCGCGUCCCUCACCAGCGCCAGCUCAGUGGACGGCGGCCGCCCGCAGGCCUGCACCCACUCGGAGAGCAGCGAGGGGCUGGGCCAGGUCAACCACACCAUGGAGGUGUCCUGUUGA